AACAGAUUCGUUUUUGGUCAGUAUUAGUAGAAAUCGUAUCAUGUCCAUGAAGAAAUCGUUUCUGAUCCAAGUGAUGGUGGACCCGUGUCCAGCUACAAAAAAGCCAGUACCCAAACAACGAGAAAAGGGCAAAAUGGAGAAAGAAAAGAAAGAACAUCCACGUUAGCGUCUUCACCCUUUGUCGAACAGUGCUUGGUUAUUCCAAAAGGAAUCAAGCUCUGCGAACUGCAACUACACGCUCAUUCUGAGAAGAAAAGAAAAGAAUCCCUGGAAAUGGAGAACUUCGACAACGUUAGGGUCAAUACAAGGGUUCGACGAGGAUUCACUGAUAUUUAUAGGAGAGAGGUUGGGUUGUCUCACCCUAGCGGCUUUGCUCGACGCUUUUCUGCUUCAGAGGCUCUUGUGCAGAACCUGAAUUUGUAUGGCAAGUUAAAUGGUCAUGAAGGUUGUGUGAAUGCAGUGGAGUUCAACUCUACUGGCGACAUUCUUGUCUCAGGUUCUGAUGACAGGCAAGUUGUGGUUUGGAAUUGGGCAUCCAAAACUAAAUUGUUUGCAUACCCUUCUGGCCACUCAGACAACAUAUUCCAGACAAAGAUAAUGCCAUUCACCAAUGACAGCCGAAUAGUUACUUCUGCUGGUGAUGGCCAGAUAAGGCUUGGUGUUCUUCGGGAGGAUGGUCGAGCUGACACUACAUUGUUGGGGAAGCACCGUGGAAAUGUCUACAAGCUUGCUCUGGAGCCAGGAAGUCCACACAUAUUCUACAGUUGUGGUGAAGAUGGUUUAGUUCAACAUUUUGAUUUGCGAAGUAGUUCUGCUACAAAAUUUCUCUGUUGUUCCUCAUCUAUGGGGAGCAAUAAAGAUUCCACAAGCAAGAUAGGUUUGAAUUCCAUUGUGAUUGACUCUAGAAAUCCAUAUUACUUUGCUGUUGCGGGAUCUGAUCAAUAUGCACGUGUUUAUGACAUAAGAAAAUGUCAGGGGGAUGCAGCAAGAAAUUCAGAUCUACCUGUUAACACAUUUUGCCCAAAUCACUUAAUUGAGUCAGAUACUGUGCACAUCACAGCAUUGGCUUAUUCAAGCUUUAGCGAGCUCCUUGUUUCUUAUAAUGAUGAGCUGAUUUAUCUGUUUGAAAAGAAUGCCGGCUGGGGUUCUUCACCUUCUGCUUCAUCUGAGGACUUGAAGAAUAUUCAACAGGCACAAGUUUACUCGGGCCAUAGAAAUCAACAGACAGUUAAGGGAGUGAGUUUUUUUGGCCCCAGUGAUGAAUAUGUGUUGAGUGGCUCAGAUUGUGGCCAUAUAUUCAUCUGGAAAAAGAAGGAUGCUAAGCUGGUGCGAUUAAUGGUCGGUGACCAGCAUGUUGUAAAUCAACUUGAACCUCAUCCACAUUUACCUAUUCUGGCAACUUGUGGUAUAGAAAACGAUGUGAAAAUCUGGGCUCCCCUAGCAAGUGACCUUCCACCAAUUCCUGUGAACGCGAAAGAGAUAAUUGAGGCAAACCGGAAGGGCAGAGAAGACCAGACACGGGGAACCCUUCCUCCUGCUGUUAUUAUGCAUGCUCUUCGCCUGCAGAGGCGGCAGACAUUGGCCUACAUUGAAAGAAGAUAUAACAGAGCUGACAUUAUGAGUGAUGAUGAAGAUUCAGAGGACUACAUUCUAGGAUUAUCAGAUGAUGUCUCUUCUGAAGAGGAUUCUACUGCAAAUUCAAGAGAUUGCAACAUUAGCUAAGCUUGAAGAAGCGGAUUUUGUUGAAGUUGGCUGAUCAAUUCCUUAGGAAAUGAUGUUAGCUUCACCGUUUCCAAUAAGUAUUUUGAUAACAGAAUCAAAAUACACAAGUUUGAAGUAUGUAGUGAUAAACUUCAUAGGGAAUGAUUAGGGAGUGAAGAGUAAAAUAUUGAUUGUUCCAGUUGAAGUUUGUUGUUCAGGUUGAUAGUGCAAUGAAAUACUGACAUCAUUAUAUGUACAGGUAUGAAAUAAUUAAUUAACAGACAAUCUUUCAUAAACAAGACGAGGAAAUUUGGUAUUAACUGUAUUACACUACUAUGUAAAUAA